AUGUAUAUGGCUAAUCUUCCAUUGAUAACGGAAUGUUUUGUUGGAAUACUGUUUGCAGGUUUUAUCACCGAUGACCUCGUUCGGCAGGGAGACGAUGAAGACGACCAGAAGAAAUACAUGGGCGUCUGCAAACUACCUGGAGAAAAACAAAAGUACCGGAGACUAGACAUUAUUGUGGCUCCUUACAACCAGUACUAUUGCGCACUCAUGCACUUCACUGGAUCGGGCCACUUCAACCGCUCCAUCAGACUGCUGGCUAAGAAAAAGGGCAUGUCAUUAUCUGAGCAUGCACUUCGCACUGGGGUCAUUAGGAAUGGGCAGGUCAAAGUUCACGAGGGCACACCGCUCCGAGUUACGAGUGAGGAGGACGUAUUCAACCAUCUUGGUCUGGAGUAUAGAGAACCGGAAGAGCGCGACUAUUAAAAUCUUACAUUCUUCUCUAUUGUCGUUGUUGACUUGUUGUUCACAAUGUGAACAAUAAAGGCCCAACAUACAUCAAAAAGGUCAAUAAACAGGAAUAAAAUUCAAAUCAGACUGAAAACUCUUAAAAAUAUAACUCUGACAUGUCAAUCAGAUUGCUCAUUGCAGCUCAGAGAUGUAGAUAAGUAUAACAGAAAUGGUGUCAAGGAAAACCAAUUUAUGUUAGAAGAAAGUGUUCAUGCACACGGCUUUUAAAGGACUGAAUAACCAGAAUAAAUGAAAUGAAAAUGAAAUGAAAUAGAGAUUAUAAAGCUAA